AGACUUUUCUCAGUAGUCGGUCAUUACUGUAAGCUGUAACAAGUCAAACAAAUCAAGAGAAUGCCGCCAAACAAUAGCCAAAAUUAUAAUGCUGAUGAAUUGGAAGCACCUGCGUGGUUGAACGAUGAGUUCUUUACCAAAGUGUUGCGCAAUUUCGAAACCGAUGCCAAGGAGCUGCAGCUAUUAAAAACGGAACUGUCGCCCGCCACACUCAAAGGAGAUCAUUACGCGAGUGUUAUGUUUCGUGCCGUUGUCGAGUAUGAGUGCGAUGGCAGGCAGAAGACAAAAAGGAUGAUUAUGAAAACAAUGCCUGCGAUGGAUGGACACAAGAAGGAUAUGUUUGGAGAUUCAACAAUAUUUGAAAUUGAAAUAGACAUGUACACGCGGGUGAUACCACGUUUCGAGCAGAUAUUAAGAGACAUCGGCGAUGAUACUGUACUCAAGGCACCCAUACUUUUCCAUGAGCUAAGCCCCAGAAAGAUUAUCAUCUUUGAAGAUAUUGUACCGUUGGGUUAUGAAGUGCUGCGCGGCCGUUAUGCAAAUAGUGAGGAGAUCAAGCAGGCCUACCUCAAACUAGCCAAAUGGCAUGCCAUAAGCUACAAAAUAAAUUUAGAGGAACCUGAGUAUUUUGAAAACUAUCGCCAAGGCCUACUCUCGAUGCCGAAAAUUGAGGACAAUGAGUUCAUGUCGCAAGGCGUUGAUCUUUUAAUUCGACAACUAGAGACAAUGCCAACAAUGCAAAAUUAUAUACCGCUACUUGAAUCUGUUCGCGAAAAGUUAUUCAAGGGCGCCAUCGCCUCCUUCAGGGAAUACUUCGAUGCGCCAAACGAUGAUGGUCUCUAUGUGUUGUGCCACGGUGAUUUUCACAGCAAAAAUUUGAUGUUCAAACAUGAUCCGAGUACGGGAAAAUUAUUGGAUGUGAUGUUAUUGGAUUAUCAGUUGUCCUAUGUCGGUCCAAUGAUCAACGACCUAAUUUACUCGUAUUAUAUGCUGUUGAAUUCAGAGCAACGUGAAAACUUUCCACAGUGGCUGUAUUUCUAUUACACACAAUUCAAGGAAACACUGCAGAAAAUUGGUUUUGAGGGGCGCAUUCCGAACUUGGUGCAGUUGCUUGAACAACGAACGCAGCAAAAAUACUUCGAGCUCUUCCUCCUUACCACAUUCCUACCAGCCUGGAUAGCCUUCCAUGAGGGUGAUACUGGCCCAGAAGAUCUAAUGACGUGCCCUGAUACCCGCAAGCGUAUAUAUGCUGGCCAAGAGUUCCUCGAAGAAUUGGAAAAGCGGCUAACAAAAUAUUUGCAUCUAGGUUAUUUUGAAGACAACUAGAGCACAAAAUAUAAUAUAUGUAUGCUCUAGUUGUAAGAAUUGAAGUAUACCGUCAAUAAGUUAAGCUAUGUUUAUAUGAUAAGGAUACCAGAAAACCGACAUAGAAAAACAUCAUCAAUCAAAAAAAUUUAAUGAGAAAUGUAGGAAAAUUCAACAGGACAGUAUUACUUAGUUAUAAUUAUAACGGAAAUUUAACUCAUAUGUGAUAAUAUGUCAAAGUCAAAAGCACAUCCAGGAAGAGCCAGUAUACGCUAAGUGGGUAGCGCUAGUUAACGAUACCGAGCUACUGAUAAAGAUAUAAGCAUAACCGGUUUAGGAACGCUUAAGCUGGAAGUGGUGCUUGUUAAAUUGUUCAUAAUGGAUGUAGUUUGUGAUACUUUUCAAGAAUUAAAUAAAUGUACUCCUUUGUUAUUAAAAUA